AUGGUGAUGGUAGAUAAAUAUCGUACAAAAUUCAUAAUUUAUAUUUAUCAAUUCAUUUUAUUUUCAUUAAUUUCACCAUGUUAUUCAAAUGAUAUUCUUGGCUGUGGAGGAUUCGUUAAAAGUCAUGUUAACUUAGAUUAUUCCAAAAUAGAGAUCGGCUUAUACACUAAAGAAGGAAUCCUUAGAGAUAAGACUGAAUGCGCUCCUACAAAUGGAUAUUAUUUUUUGCCGAUGUACGAGCAUGGGGAGUAUAUUCUUAAAAUCCACCCUCCGGCUGGAUGGAGUUUCGAACCUUCACUAGUAGAAUUGCAAGUUGAUGGUGAAAAAGAUCAGUGUUCCAUUGGGGAAGAUAUAAAUUUUACUUUUAAUGGUUUCGGUAUUACGGGAAGAGUGAUUACGGCGGGUCAGACAAGUGGCCCUAGUGGUAUUGCAGUGCAGUUAGUAAAUAAUAAUGGUGAAACAAGAGAUACUGUCACUACAGCUGGUGGAGAUUUUUAUUUUACUCCUGUAAUCCCUGGAAAGUAUACACUGAAGGCAUCCCAUUCAAAAUGGAAGCUUGAACCAUCUCAAGCAGUAGUACAAGUAAGGGAAGGCAACACUGCCCUGCCGAUUGGUGUGUUGGCAGUCAGGGGAUAUGAAGUCACUGGUUCUGUUACAUCAUUUAGUAGUCCUAUUGGUGGUAUAUAUGUGCUGCUGUACUCUAAGGAGGAGAAUCCUAAAUUCCGUGUCGAAGGAUGCAAGACAGCCCUUUUACAAGGUGUACCGGACUCACCAAUAUGUUAUUCAGUCACUGAUGCAUCUGGAGAAUUUCAAUUUGGCCUUGUGCCUGCUGGGGAGUACAAACUGCUUGCAUUGUCUAAACCACCAGGGCAGGCAGUGAUCCGUUACAAUAUCAAACCUGAAACUGUACCUUUUAGUGUCAAACAUGAUGAUAUUUACAUUAGAAAUGCUUUCGAAGUAAAUGGUUUUACCAUUGUCGGAUCAGUCUUAAAUGCGCCAGCAGGUGAAGGAAUACCAGGUGUACAUGUACUAUCAGAUGGGACUCCAAUUGGCACAACGGAUUCAACUGGCAAAUUCACAUUACCAUCCUUGCGACCUGGAGUAUACACCCUUAGCUUCAAACAUGAGCAAUGUGAGGUAGACGAUCUACAGCUAACAGUGGGAGCUACUGGUCCGCAAAGCGCUGUAAGGGCGGUGGUAUCUCGUUGGCGCGUGUGUGGGGACAUCUCACCGCCCGAACAACGCCGAAUUGUGCUCUCUACUGGAGACUCGGCUCCCGUAUAUGUCACUCCAAAUACUGAUGGUAACUGGUGUACAUUUUUACCACCUGGUACAUAUACGGCUAAGGUUGAAGUUUCUGAAGAGGAGAUGAGAGACGGACUUCAAUGGUACCCCGCAUCGCGGCCGGUGUCUGUGUCGCGACGCGCGGAGAGCGGCGUGCGCUUCUCGCAGGUGCGUGCGCGUGUGCGCGGGCGCGUGCGCACGGUGGCGGGCGCGCGCGCGCCGCUGGUGCGCCUGCGCGCGCUCGCGCCCGACGGCACGUACGCGCCGCGCGCCGCCGCCGAACUCACCGUCACACCAAACCACGAGGGUGAGUACGAGUUCACGGACGUGGUGCCGGGCAGUGUGGAGGUGUCGGUGGAGGAGUCACGGUUGUGCUGGCUCGACACGCGCCACAACGUAGCCGUCGCAUCCGAGCUGGCACUCGUGCCCACCUUCGAGCAGUCCGGAUACGUGCUGCUUGUCAAGUCUGAUCAUGACAUUGAGGUUGAAUAUAAAUCGAAGAGUUCUCAGGGCGUGCUCAAAGUGCCAGCCGGUGAAAGUCAGCAAUGUGUACCAAAGUCUGAAGUGUACACUUUGAUUCCGCGUGGCUGCCACCGUUUUCAACCAGCAGAGGCAAAAGUCGAUAUAUCUUCUGAUACAUUGCCGUCGGUGAAGUUCAAGGCGGUGGCACAUGCCGCAGUAAUUCGAGUGAUUUCCCCCGACCCUGUAUCGGAUCUGACGCUUCACAUUAGUACGGAUGCUGCGGGCAGUAAGGAGGUUGGACCGCUGACUCCUGUGCCAGAUCCCAAUGAGGGAUUUGUGUUCGAACAUACAUUGUACUUGGCUGAUGGCGAGGUAGCGCAGGUGUGGGCGCGGUCGUCGUCGCUACUGGUGGGGCGCGGGCCGCAGGCUGUACGUGCGCGCUCACAGUGCGGGCCCACAGCGCUAGUAUUGCGGGCCGCGCGUGCGUUAACCCUGGCCGGCCGCCUGCGGCCGCCCGUCGCCGAUGUUCGAAUCACACUGCGAGCCGAGGGUAUGGAACAAACGCAAGUGACUAAAGACGACGGUGAAUACAAAUUCGGGCCACUAGACGCGAGCAAGGAGUACUCCAUCACUGCUGAGAAGGAUUCCUAUGUGUUCGGAGAGAGGGACGCGGACGGGAACAUCCCAGCGCACAAGCUCGCCGAAAUAACUGUGGAGCUAGUGGAUAUAGCUGACGGCACGCCGCUAGAGGGUGGCGUGGUGUCCGUGAGCGGCGGUCAGUACCGACGCACGGCCGCGGGCGCGGCGGGUGGCGAGGCCGCGCUGCGAUUCGGCUCGCUGCCGCCGGCGCAGUACUACGUGAAGCCGCACGCGCAGGAGUACCGCUUCCAGCCGCCGCACUCCAUCGUGCACGUGGAACAAGGCACCGCGCACACGCUACGCUUCAGCGGUGUGCGCGUGGCGUGGUCGGUGCGCGGGCGUGCGGUGUGGCUGGGCGGCGCGCCGGCGCCCGGCGUGGGGCUGCGUGCCGUGCCCCGCGCCGCUUCCAGCACGCAGGAGUCCCAGCAGUGCGCCGCACAAGACGCCACCGCUGCUCCCGACGGCAGCUUCAGAAUUCGUGGCCUAAUUCCGAACUGCUUCUACAAGAUCGAACUGAAGGAAUCUUCCGCGCCAGAGCUGAGCGGACUCAGGAUUGCCAAGGCAUCGCCUGUUAUCGAAAUGAAAGAAAAUGACGUUGAAAACGUCCGCAUAAUCGUGAUCCAGCCUCACCAGAUCACUGACACCAACGUGCUCGUGUACACGCCCAACGUGGACCACUACAAGUCCUUACGUCUCACCCUCGCUUUAGAAGACACGCCGCAUACUCACAUUUUCUCCACGAAACUGGACCCCGCCGGCUUCAGCCAGCACGUGAACCCGGGACUCAUGUACACCCUGCCGAGGCUGCCAGCCGACAAUAACACUUAUGUGCUUCGCUUAGAGUCCACUUUGUCUAAAGCAACGCACGCGUACGAAGAGGAGGUGUACUAUUUCAAUUCGGACGGUCGCUUCAAGUAUUUCAAUAUCAACUUUAUGCCUAAGGUGCGUGCAUCGGAUCAGGAGUUGCGCGCGACCUCGGUGCUGGUGGUGCCUGCGCUGGGGCUGCUGGUGCUGGCCGUGUGCCGCCGCGAACAGUUGCUGGCGCACCUGCGAGCCGCUACCACUGCUGCCACUGCCACAGCUACCACCGCUGCCCCAGCCGCCGCCGCCGCCAAGAAAAACGCGCGCAAGAAGACGCAGUAG